AACGAAGCUGUUGCAGUCCAGCGAUAUACCAGUCGUUGACCAGUAUCCGGUCUAUCAAGUUGUUUUUAUUCUGUUUUGUUUGUUUUUUUUACGCUUUCCAUUGUGUGUUUACAUAUUUUUACCAAUAUGGAAGGUUCAAACACGAGUACCGUCAACUACAAUGCAGAACAAUUUUUCGGUUGGGCCGAUUACGUGGUGUUUGUCGGAAUGUUGGUUAUUUCAGCCAUUAUUGGGAUCUAUUAUGCAUGUUUCGGAGCCAAACAGAACACAACCAGUGAAUUUCUCAUGGCCGGAAGGAACAUGGGAACCUUUCCUGUAGCCAUGUCUCUUAUUGCAAGUUUCAUGUCUGCCAUCACGUUGCUGGGAACUCCGGCCGAAGUCUAUCAAUUUGGUACAAUGUACUGGUUAGUGGUGUUGGCAUUUUUCCUUGUUAUGCCGGCCGCCAAUUACCUGUACAUGCCAAUCUUCUACGAACUUCGUGUCACAUCCGCCUACGAGUACCUCGAAUUGCGCUUCAACAAGCUCGUCCGCUGCUUAGGUUCGGCCACGUUUACCGUUCAAAUGACCCUCUACAUGGCCGUGGUUGUCUACGCACCUGCCUUGGCUCUCAGCCAAGUUACCGGGAUUCACGUCUACAUCUCGGUCACGGCGAUUUUCGCAGUUUGUGUUUUCUACACUGUCGUCGGUGGAAUGAAAGCUGUCAUGUGGACCGAUACAGUUCAAGUUAUUAUCAUGUUCAUUUCAAUGGCUGUGGUGGUCUUCAAAGGGGACAUUGACAAAGGUGGUAGCGCAGCUGUAUGGGCUAUAAACCAGGAAACUGACCGCGUUGAAUUUGGAGAUUUCGAUCCAAGUCCAGCCAAACGACAUUCUGUAUGGUCCUUAAUUGUUGGUGGCUACUUCACGUGGGUGACAAUUUAUGGUGUGAACCAGUCGCAAGUCCAGCGGUAUUUGACGGCUACUACUAUGAAGCAAGCUAGAACUGCUGUUUGGAUUAAUUUGGUUGGUUUGGUGGCCCUAAUUUCACUGUGCUGUUACGGUGGAAUGGUUAUUUUUGCUAGAUACGCCGAAUGCGAUCUUCUCACUGCUGGGUUUAUCGCUAAACCAGAUCAACUUUUCCCACGGUUUGUAAUGGACACUCUUGGAAACGCACCAGGCGUUCCGGGAUUAUUUGUCGCCGGAAUCUUCAGCGGGGCAUUGAGCACCGUGUCGAGCGGUCUAAACUCGUUGGCCGCAAUCUGUUUGGAAGAUUUCGUUCGGCCUUUCUGUGGUAGAGGAAUGGACGAUGCUCGGGCCACCAACGUUUCCAAAUUUCUCGCUAUCGGGUUUGGUCUCUUGUGCUUCGGUCUAGUGUUUGUUGCUGCCCAGCUGGGUAAUGUCCUCGAGGCCGCCUUGAGCAUCUUUGGAAUUCUUGGAGGGCCUCUUCUCGGAGUUUUCACUCUGGGAAUGUUUUUCCCAUGGGCCAAUUCCAUCGGAGCAGCGGCUGGCCUUUUAAGUAGUUUACUGCUCAUGCUGUGGAUCGGUGUAGGGACCCAGGUCGCCAAGGCUCAAGGUUUCAUCAAAGUACCACGCAAACCUGUCAGUUUCGAAGGUUGCCCUUUUAACAGUACAAUGGCCAAUUUUACCAGUUCAACCACAACGGAAUUUCCUGUUAUUGACGUCGAUACAACUACCUUAAUGCCUUUAGAAAAUGAAAUGGAUGAGCCACUGGGCUUGUACAACCUUUCAUAUAUGUGGUAUUCCGCUUGCGGAUGUUUGACGGUCAUUGUCGUUGGCUUAAUAGUGACCGUCUUCACGAGACCGCAAAAUCCCAGGAAACUAAAUCCUGCGCUCAUCUGUGACACAGGCAAAACUAUAUACUGGUUUCUCCCUAAAAAAGCCAAAGAGUUUUUGCGGUUUCACGUUGGUGACGAAUAUGUUCCUGAAAUAAAACCCAAAUGUGACACAAAAGUAGGUGAAAUCAAUGUCGCCUUCUCUUCCAGCAACCCAGAUGAUCUUCAAACAAUAAGCAACGUUAGAAUGCAGACUUAGUCCGUAAAGGGAUAAGUACCACAAUUUU